GUCAAAUGCGUCAUCUGAGGAGGGGGAGGGCUGGGGCAAAGGAGGGGCACCCUGACAUGGAGCCUGCCAGCUCCGUCAGCCCUGACUCGGCCCGGAGCUGAGCUCCCCACCUGCCGGUAGCCCAGGAGAUGGAGCAGCCCAGCCCACGUGCCCGGCCUUCCGCCCCUGACUUCACUUGAUAACAAACUAGAAACUGAAACAGGGUCGGGAUGCCGGCUUGGAGUUAGAGAUGAGUCACUGCUGAGAGCAGCUGCAGUAGCUGAGCAGUGGCAGCAGAGAGGCAGACGUGAGCUGAGGGCGCAGAGGCAGGCAGCAUCUCUGAGGGUCCCCAAGGAACAUGGCUGGGAGCCGUGAGGUGGUGGCCAUGGACUGCGAGAUGGUGGGGCUGGGGCCCCACCGGGAGAGUGGCCUGGCUCGUUGCAGCCUCGUGAACGUCCACGGUGCUGUGCUGUACGACAAGUUCAUCCGGCCUGAGGGAGAGAUCACCGAUUACAGAACCCGGGUCAGCGGGGUCACCCCUCAGCACAUGGUGGGGGCCACACCAUUUGCCGUGGCCAGGCUAGAGAUCCUGCAGCUCCUGAAAGGCAAGCUGGUGGUGGGUCAUGACCUGAAGCACGACUUCCAGGCACUGAAAGAGGACAUGAGCGGCUACACAAUCUACGACACGUCCACUGACAGGCUGUUGUGGCGUGAGGCCAAGCUGGACCACUGCAGGCGUGUCUCCCUGCGGGUGCUGAGUGAGCGCCUCCUGCACAAGAGCAUCCAGAACAGCCUGCUUGGACACAGCUCGGUGGAAGAUGCGAGGGCAACGAUGGAGCUCUAUCAAAUCUCCCAGAGAAUCCGAGCCCGCCGAGGGCUGCCCCGCCUGGCUGUGUCAGACUGAAGCCCCAUCCAGCCCGUUCCGCAGGGACUAGAGGCUUUCGGCUUUUUGGGACAGCAACUACCUUGCUUUUGGAAAAUACAUUUUUAAUAGUAAAGUGGCUCUAUAUUUUCUCUACGCCA